AUGUCGAAACCACCAGUUGAUCUUACCCAGACCGCCGUCGUGACUGACGCGGAGCUUGCGCACCUUGCGGCACGCUCACUUCCCAAAGCUCCCGAUGGGCACUAUGACUAUGAAGCUCUUGCAGCCGGCGAGUCCGGUGCCGGAGGAGCUGGCCAAGCACACUCUGUUGUUUACAACCUCGUUGCGAAUGCCCAGGCGGCGGUUGGUCGAGGGCCAGUCAUCAGCGACCCGAAGGCCCCCGAAGCAAUCUUCAACUUCCUGACGAGCAAAGAUGCCAUCGACGACCGCACCGGUUUAUUCACUGGCGCGCUUGGUGCCAUCACAAGGCUUCCUCCUGGGAAGGUACAGGACAAGCUGAAUGAUGCGGCGAUCGCAUUGUUGUAUGAUACGCUUCCGCACCCGCCUGCAACGUACAUUGGUCCAGAAUAUCAGUUCCGUAGUGCAGAUGGCAGUGGGAACAACCCCAACAUGCCUGAACUUGGUAAAUCCGGCACGCCGUAUGCUCGCUCUGUACAAGGCAAGCAUCCGCUCCCCGCGAAUGCCCUCCCCGAUCCUGGUCUGGUUUUCGACAUGAUAUUGAAGGUUCGCGACUUUCAACAACACCCCGGUCGAAACUCUUCCUUGACAUUUGCAUUUGCUUCAAUCGUAACACACUCGCUGUUCCGAACUGAUCCUGCCGACUGGACAAAGAACAAUACGACAUCAUACUUAGAUCUCUCCCCUCUGUAUGGUUUCAACCAGCUGACACAGGACCAAGUACGCGACCAGGAGAAGGGUCGCGGACUCUUGUACCCCGACACGGUCAGCGAGGAUCGUUUGGGCUUCGUUCCACCCGCAGCAAGUGCAUUACUCGUCAUUUUCAGCAGGAACCACAACGCGAAUAUGCUGUUGAAGAUCAACGAACGGAAGCGUUGGUCGGAUCCGCCACCCGAGGACCCAAAGAAACGUGCGCAGCAGGACGAGGAAAUUUUCCAAACUGCGCGACUUGUCAACUGUGGGCACUUCAUCUCACUUAUCUUCGGUGAUUACGUCGCGGGCUUCCUCGGUCUUGGGCGCGAUGGCUGUACAUGGAGCAUGAACCCGUUCGACCCCAUCAAGACAGAGCAGGGUGAGGUCGUUAACCGUGGACAAGGCAAUCAUUGUUCAGUGGAGUUUAACGUGUUGUACCGCUGGCAUGCUACGACUGCGAAGGAGGAUAUCGAAUGGACUAGAGCAGAGUUCAACGAACUCUUCGGUGGCAAGGCUCUCAAUCAGGUUAGCCUGUCCGACUUCAAAGAGGCCGCGGUCAAAGUGUUUGCUUCUACUGAGCCUGACCCGAAGAAGCGUGAGUUCGGAGGAAUUAAGCGUCAGGCGGACGGGACAUUCUCCGACGACGACCUCGCGAAGAUCUUGCAUGAUGCAACGGAGAAGUGCGCGGGUGCAUACCGUGCACGUGGUAUUCCCGAAGAACUGCGUGUCAUUGAGAUUAUGGGUAUGCAACAGGCCCGUGCAUGGGGCGUCUGCACCAUGAACGAGUUCCGCAAAUUCCUCGGUCUCAAGACCUUCUCUGACUUUGAAGAAUGGAGCUCCAUACCCGAAAUUGUUCAGGCUGCACGCCAGUUGUAUGGACAUAUUGACAACCUUGAGCUUUACCCUGGUCUGCAAGCUGAAGAUUGCAUGGGACUGGGUCCCGGAAGUGGAAUCUGCUGUGGAUACACAAUGACGCGUGCGAUUCUGGCGGAUGCGAUUGCGCUUGUCCGCGGGGACAGGUUUUACACGAUCGAUUAUACACCGCAUAACCUCACUUCGUGGGGUAUUCAGGAUUGUGUACGGGACCCCAAUAACGGAGCCUUUGGUGCUGCGUUGCCGAAGUUGCUCAUGCGUCACCUCCCGAGGCAUUAUCCUGCCGAUAAUGUCUAUGGAUUGUUCCCCUUCUUCACGCCUGACGUUACGAAGCAAAACCUCGCGAAACUCGGAAUUGCCGACAAGUACAAAUACAACCGACCUGUGGCGACACCCGUUCCGAAGGUGCUCAACACACUCAUGGGUAUUCGUUACGUCUUCAACGACUCCAAGAAGUUCAAGCAGACUUACACGCAAGACAUGGUUAUGCUCACUGAGGGAUAUGGCUUCAUGCUCGUCUUUGACGAGGAGAAGAAGCACAGUGAGGAUAGGUCGUUCGUAUGGCAUGCAUUGUUCCCGGAUAUGAAUACCUACAAGCAAAAUGUGGAGUGGUACAAGACAAAGACAAGACAGAUGCUCGAGGAGAAGAAGAUGAAAUACGACGGUGUUCCUGGGACGUACGUAGAUGUCAUUCGGGACGUUGUCAACCUCGUUUCGGUGCACUGGGCUGCGGACAAACUUUGCGGUAUCCCGCUGAAGACAAAGGCGAAUCCUCAUGGUCUCUUCACCGAACAGGAAGUCUAUGACAUGUUCACUAUCCUCUUCAUGUGCGUGUUUGAGAAUAUUGCCCCGGAACACGGAUGGGCACUUCGUUCAGGCGCACAACAAGUUGGCAAGAUUGUCAAUGGUCUCAUCGAGAAAAGUCUUGCCGACGCUGCACCUCACACUGCUUCUAGCCUUCUUGGACGUCUAGGAGAGACGGUGGUACACACAGUCGUUCCCGACCACAAAGAAUGCCAUGACUUCCUUGCUCGUCUUGCAAGUUCUGGCAGACCGACAAACCAGCUUGUUGGAUGUGUAAUUGGUCUCGCGGUCGGCUCCUCCGUCAACUACGCACAAGCAACUGCGCAAGUGAUUGACUUCUACCUUUCCGACGAACGUGCGAAGGAGCGUGCGCAGAUUAUUGAGUUGUGCAAGAGGAACGAUGGGGAGGCGGAAGAGUUGCUGAAGGGCUACGUGCGUGAGGCGAUGAGGUUGAACCCGCAGUUCGGAGGUUUGUUCCGUGCUGUUAUGCAGGAUGACACCGUACCGCAGGGUGAUGGAUUCCAGCCGAUGCAAGUUAAGGCGGGAGACCUACUCUUCGCAAGCUUCAAGAACGCACACCUUAACCCUGCGGACUUCCCGAACCCAACGCAGAUCGAUCCAACCCGUAAGAAGGACAGCUACCAACUGCAAGGUGCAGGGUUCCACAACUGUCCCGGUGUUGAUUUUGCGGCGGAUACGAUCCCGCAGAUUGUCAAGAUCAUCUUUAGCUUGCCGAACGUUCGUCGUGCAGUACCACCUGCGGGCGUCUGUGCCAGCUUCAACCUGAAUCAAUUCGAGACCGAUAACAAGAUGUACCUGUCGAGCACAGGUAACGUUACGCCUUGGCCUGGUUCCCUCCAGAUUGUGUACGAUGCUUAA